AUGUCAUCCAAGGGCUCUAAGCUGUCCAAGGAGCAGCUUCGCGCGCUGCGAGCGCAGCGAGCGGCCGCGCUGGCAGCGCAGGCGCCCGCCCAGGCGCGCGGCGCGGGCCCCGCGGCCCCGCCGCCGCCGCCGGCCGCUGCCGCCGCGGCGGGCACCCAGAGCGCGGAGGAGGACGCUCGCAGCAUGCCGCCGCCGCCGCCGCGUGCGCCUUCCGGCCGCAGCCAGCCACCGGCGGCGGCGGGGCAGCAGCAGCAGCAGCAGGCAGCUGCCUCAUACCAUGCCGACUCUCAAGCCACUCGCCUGCACGACACAGGCGGCCUGCAGGCACACGCAGACCACCAUGCCGAGCCCUCUAUUAACCAGGGAGGCGGCGGCGGCGGUACCGGCGCCGCGCCUCGCUCCGCAGGCUGGACAGAGGAAGUGCGCAGCACGCUGUCUGGGGGGUGGCCUGCCGACCUUGGCGACGGCAACCACGCCUCGGCGGCCGGGUCAGCGUCGGCAGCGGCCGGCGGCGGCGGCGCCGGCGCCGGCCAGCCGCCCGCGGCAGCGGCAGCGCCCGCGGCGGAGCCGGCGCUGUCUCUAGAGGGGUCCACGGGGGCGGGGGCGGCUGCGGGGGCGCCCGCGGGCGCCGACGUGACGUCUGCGGCUAGCCGGAUGGAGGCGGCGGGACAGACGGCACUGUCUGGGGCUUUGCCCGCCGGCUUCUUUGACGGCCCCCCCGCGGCCGCAGACAGCAUAGUAGGCCCCGCGGCGGCGGGCGGCGGCGAGGCAGACGGCGGGGCGGCCGUCAGCAGCGCGCCGCCGCCGCCGGCGGGAGGCGCGGCGGCGGCGGCGGGGGCGGCGCCGCUGCCCAGAGGUUUUUUGAGGACCAAAAAGCGGGAUCCCAGGCGGGGGGGGAAGGGCCCCAAGACCGCCAAGGACUGGGCAAAGGAGUAUGCGGACUUCAUGAAGCAGGUGGAGGUGGACUCGGCGGCGGCGGCGGCGGCGCACGCGGCCGACGAGGAGGCGGAGGCGGAGGGGCGGCUGGAGCGGGAGGAUUUCGAGCAGUUCGUGCGCAUGCAGAAGCUGGAGGCGAUCAAGGCGGCGCGGCAGGCCGGCGGCGGCGCCGCCAAGCGGGGCGUGGAGGAGGUGGACGCGGCGGCGGCGGCCGCGGCGGCCGCCAUCGCCGAGCCCGAGGUGCAGCGGCCUGUCAUCCACCUGGCCAAGAAGCGACGGGUUCUGGACACAGUGGCAGCGCUGGAGGCAGCCCCCGGCGGCGGCGGCAGCAGCGACGAGGACGAGGGGGAUGCCGACGAUGAUCUGCUGGACUGGAGAGCCAAGAAGUCGGCGUUCUGA